CACUUGCGAAAAUGCUAGCAUUUCGCAUUUGUUUUUUCGUUUGUUGACAUUCUGUUUUGACGUGAGUGAAAAUUGACAUUUUUCUAUAAAGUUUAUCUGAAAGAUCAUAAACUUACUACUACAUGCAACAAAAUAAAUACAUGUAGUGAUAUUAUUGAAAAUAUUACAUUACCAAGAAUGUAAAAACAACAACACCAUUGCUGCCGGCAUUAUGGCAUUUAUUUUGUUUUCUAGUGAUUCAUUGAGGCAUAUUGUUAAAAUUUAACCAAAAAAGAUGUCUAACAAUAAUAAUUCAUCUAUUGCAAAAUCAAGAGGCCCUGGUAGGCCGCCAAAGAAAAUUAUAUCAUGUACUUGGUGCAAUGAGACAAAACUACCUUUAAAAUAUGUAUUUCCCACCACAAAUGGAAAGAAAGAAUUCUGUUCAGAGACUUGUCUGGCGGAAUUCCGUAAAGCAUACGUUAAAGGAGCUUGUAUACAGUGUGAUAAUGUUAUAAGAGGCAAUAAUACACCUUCAAAGGAAUACUGUUCUACAUAUUGUAUGAAUAAACACCAAAAAAAGGAACUUGCUAACUCUCGAGUAGCCACAGUAGCCCCAACGACUACUCUAGAAGGUUCACCUGGUCCUUUUCAAUAUGAAACAUAUCAACCAUUUAACUGGGAUGAAUAUUUAAGAGAAACAAACUCUAUACCCGCUCCACAAGGUUGCUUUAAACAAGCAUCUAGCCCACCCUAUAAUGAUUUUGAAGUAGGAAUGAAAUUGGAAGCUCUAGACCCUAGAAAUGUGACUUCUACUUGUAUCGCCACAGUUAUAAGUAUACUUGGUCCUAGAUUGAGGUUAAGACUAGACGGGAGUGAUAAUAAAAAUGAUUUUUGGAGGUUGGUCGAUUCAAGUGAAAUUCAUCCUAUUGGACAUUGUGAAAAAUCUGGUGGAAUGCUUCAACCUCCACUAGGAUUUAGGAUGAAUGCAAGUUCCUGGCCUAUGUUCCUACUCAAAAUUUUGAAAGAUGCAAAAAUGGCACCAUCAAAAAUAUUUCAAAAGGAGCCUCUCGGUCCCAGGCAAAAUAUUUUUCAAAUUGGUCAAAAAUUAGAGGCUGUAGAUAAAAAAAAUCCUCAGUUGAUUUGUUGUGCAACUGUAGGUGCAGUAAAAAAUGAUCAAAUCCAUGUAACAUUUGAUGGAUGGAGAGGUGCAUUUGACUAUUGGUGUAGGUAUGACAGCAGGGAUAUUUUUCCAGUUGGUUGGUGUGCUAGAUCUGGGCACCCUAUGCAACCACCUGGUCAGAAAAAUAGCUCCGGUACUAACAGAUUUAGAAUUAAACCGGCCUUCGCUGCGGCUCCACAAUUACCACCAAUUUCUUCAGUGAGCUCAACAGCGGCUGAAAUAGUUCAAUCUCCCGAAGCCGAUACAUCAGCUCCACCCCCGCCACCCAUAGUUAUCUAUUUCCGGAAAAGUUGUACCGGAGGGCCCCUUAUAGAUUCAACUCUACUAGCGUCUUCUGUAGAAGAUUCUUCCCCUGCUGAUCUCGCAAAGAAGCUCGUGAAUCAAAUUCUUAGCGCUUCUCAUAAGUCUGAAAAAAUUCUGGCCAGGUUGGGGACCCUUAGUGGGGAGGAAAUGGUUAUAACCCAUGAAGGGAAUACUUACACUAUUAAGUUGCCGCAAUUGGUUAAGGCGAGCGAUUUGGAGGAAGUUUUUCAUAUUUUAGCGCAGGCUUUGGGUUGUUGUCGGAAUUUAUUUAAUUUGGAGCAAUCCUCAAAAGACUGUCCCUCUUGUGAUGUUAAAUCGGCACCCACGCCGCCGAAGCGUAAGCCUCCAGAGCAAGAGGCAGCCACGUCAACGACUCCCGCUGAACCACCCACCUCGGAAUCGCCAGUGUUAAGUUUAAACAAGAUACCCACUCAAGAAUGGGGUAUAGAAGAAGUGAUACAGUUCAUUGAGUCUGUGGAUCCAUGUUUGGGAGUUCAUGCGGAGUUGUUCAGAAAACAUGAAAUUGACGGCAAGGCAUUCUUGCUACUUAAUUCUGACAUGAUGAUGAAGUACAUGGGCCUGAAACUAGGUCCGGCACUUAAAAUUUGCAAUUUAGUAUCUAGGCUAAAGGGUAGAAGACACUUAUUGUAAGGAUAAUAAAAAUAUACUGAUUAUUCAUUAGUUUUCCGUACUUGAAAAGUAUACUUUCUUCGAUUAAGGGAGAUAAUUUACAGGUUUUUUAUCUAAGAUUUUUUCCUGUUAGACUUUAAUUCUUAGCGAGUUUUUGCACUAUUAUAUGUGGUGCUAAAGUUUAAUUCAUUAUUUCAUUUGUUAUACGUGAUUUUCCAGAAAGUUUACACCUAGCGAGAUUUUUUCUAUGGCUGUUUUAUAAAAAUUAAAUACAGCCGAUAUAAAUACUGGUGUAAAUUUGCUUUUUACUUUUAUAGGUAUUGAUUUUUGUCAGUACAAACUAAAAUCCCACAUUCAAGUGCUUUUAGAAUAAGUACUUUUGGUAGAACUUCAUUUUAAGAGUGAAUUUUGUAUAAAAGGAUAUUGAAUCUUAAAUUAUAGAUAAAAAGUUAAUAGUUCAUCACAGUAAAAAUUUAAUUUUGACAACGGGUAUUUUCAUGGAAAAAUGAUCUCUGUACAAAAUAGGAUACAAAGUUUUAUGAUUUAAAAAAACCUUUUUAAGUAACACACUUUAUAUAACAAGAGUGUUUCAUGACUAACUAGGCGAUUUAUUAUAUCUAAACGCUAAAUUGAUAAAAAAAAAACAUAAAGUUUGGCAUUUCAAAGUUAAAUGUUUUCUUACAGAUGUUCUGUUGUAUUUUUAUCUAGUGCUUGAUAAAUAAGAUUAAAGAUUUUUAAUCCAACAAAAUAUCAUUUUUAUUUAUUAUUAGCCUAAUAUUCAUAGCACAACAUGUGCGUUAUUUAAAUUCAAUUCUCUUUCAAUACCGCUGUUUAAUGUGAAACACUCUGUAUAAAAAGUAUAGACGAG